CGACAUCAGCUCUCCCCAUCACGCCCGAGACCCAACCCGCAAAACCGCUUGCGCAGACGCCGACACCGUGAUCACACGCCCCGGAAAAUCUCCCACCGCGACGCGUCACGCAGGCAAACACCCCCGAACUCAACGGACAAGAUGAGCUUCGUCCCCGUCAACCCGCGGCCGAUGCUGCAGGACCUCGUCGACAAGCACGUCUCGGUGCGGCUUAAGUGGGGGCAGACCGAGUACCAGGGCGUGCUCAAGGCGAUUGACAGCUACAUGAACCUGCAACUGUCGGGCACGCGCGAGGUCAUUGACAACAAGGAGACGGGGGUUCUGGGCCAGGUGCUCAUUCGCUGCAACAAUGUCUUGUGGAUUCGGGGCAUCAGUGGUACGGAAAUUAGCGACGCCGAGAUGAAGGAUUAGGCGGAGGGAGCUGGUGCCUCGACGAUUGACGCGGGUCGAGACGAGACGAGCAAGCCGUGUAGGCAAAGCGCCGGCUAUCUCGCCUCGAGGCAGGCAGAUCCUCGCGCCACGCCACUCUUCCAAAGAAAGACGAGACAGCGGUUCAAGGAGGACGGCUUAAACUGUCCGCAAAGCCGGCUCUGCACCCGCAGUGCCGCCCCAGGUCUUCCGGCUGUCAGUGGAGAUGGCUUCGCCUCGACAACUGCGACAUAUUUUUGAUUUUGGCUCAGAACGGGACAGCUAUACCGUUGGUUCUAGCAUCGAUUUAUUAGGAGUUACGGCUUGUAUUGAAGGCGACGCGCGCGAGGUGUGGUCGGUCCUGGACUAGGGGUGCCGCAAAGGCCAGAGUGAGAAGAUUAUCGUUUGGGGUAGGUGUCACAGAAAGCAGCCCCUCAGAUGGGGUUCCGUCGACUACGGUGGCGCAGAAAUAACGAUUCACGCCAUGGUCUGUCUUGGGACGGUUCAAAUACAUCGUACACGUCCAUGGUGGUGAAGGCAUCUGAGGACUUUCGCACUUCCGCAGAAUUAUGCAAGCAUAGUGGCAGAGUGAUGAAUGAUUGGC